AGAUAUUCACUUUAUAACUAAGCCUUUAGUUGUGUCAUCAAGCCUUUCUAGAAGUGAACAUGGACUUCGUCAAAAUUAUUUUGUUCAUCUCUCUCAUCUAUGGAUUAUAUGCGAAGCAAAAACUACCCGCUGGAGCCUGCGUUUCCAAGAUCGUGAAUGGGAAACUGGUACAAGUUGGGGAUUGCGAGAAAAACGAUGGAUCCGAUAUCGUCAGACUGAUCAAGAAGAGUCGUGAUGAGAAGAUAAAGGCUGAAAAUAAGUGUGAAGUCACAUACAAGAAAAAAUGCUACCGAGCAGUUGUGUAUGAUGUACGGAAUGUUACCUUCCACGAUGCCAAAGCAAUCUGCAAAUCAAUGAACGGAAAACCCGCGAAUAUUUACGAUCUCAAGCAUUACCAGCUGCUGCUCCCUCAUCUACGUUCAGUGAUUCCUGCUGGUCGGACAUGGAUGUGGUUCUGGACUGGGAUGAAAUAUAAGAACAAUCAGCUUUUGCUGUUUGGUGGAAAACCCAUCACUAUAGCAACAGAAGUGUUGCAUCCUUAUUAUCCGAGAUCCUAUGCAUCGUUGACAAAUGUUGCUGUUGGUAUCAAUAAAGAUCCUGAGGAUGCACGUCAGGGAAUGUUAAAUUAUUUACCAUCCUUGUCAAUCCACGGUGUCAUCUGUGAAAUAUAAAACCAGAUCAAAACCUGACAGAACUUCGUUGGUGGAUUAAAUGAUAAAAAAGACAAAAACAGUUAAAUGACUGUUGUUAUGUAUAUAGAUUUUAAAUUUUUGUUUGCUUUUCUAUGGCCGUUGUUCUAAAUGUUCUAAUUAUAAUAGGUCCAUGUCUGAUUAUGCAAAAUUUAUAAGCUGCCCAUAAAUGAUCUGAUCUUAAAUACUUCUUCAAUUUGACUGAAUCGCAUAUUUUUACAAAGUCUUUCCAAGCCUUAAAACCUUUAAAUCCUGAUUUUAUUUAUGAAAGAAGACUAAAUUACAUGUUUAUGAAAGUUAAAUUACUGAUAUUUUUACUUGUGCAUUUUAUUCCACACUGAAGUCGGCCUGUGAUUAUGAUUAGACAAAGGCCACACAAGUAUGCUUGUCUUAAUAAAUGAAACUUGCUUUUACUUAUUAUUACUUACUUUCAGUGGCAGAAUUCAAAAAUCUUAGAACGGGUUCUCUUUUACAUCGAUCUCGCUAACAACGGGUUCUCUCAUUUUAGAGAUACAUGCUGAACUAAAUCAUGAAAAAAAACAAGAACGGUUUGCAAAAGACCCCUUGAAUCCUGCCAUUGCUUACUUAUACAUUGUUCCUUUACUAUUAUUCUAUUAUUAACCGUAUAACCCAUGCCUUGAAUUGGUCGCCUUGUCUAUUGAAAACUUUUGCUCAGUAAAUAAAUCCAUAUCUGUCUC